AUGGAAGUUAACAAUUCGACCAUAGUCACUGUGUUUGUUCUCCUGGGACUAUCCAACAAUCCUCAGAUCCAGGUACCACUCUUUGUGCUGUUCUUGGUGAUUUACCUCUUGACCCUCAUGGUGAACCUGCUGAUACUGCUCGUGAUCAAUACUGAUUCUCAUCUCCAAACCCCCAUGUAUUUCUUUCUAAGACACCUCUCCUUCCUGGAUGCUUUUUAUUCCUCAAUCCUUGUGCCUAAACUGCUGGAGAAUCUUCUUUCUAAGUGGAAAACAGUGUCCUUUCUUGAGUGUUUCACCCAGAUUUCCCUGGUCAUAUUUUCUGGGGCCACUGAGGCCUGCCUCCUUUCUAUCAUGGCCUAUGACCGGUUCCAGGCUGUGUGCCACCCAUUGUUGUAUGCAGUGGCUAUGAACAGUAGAGUAUGUACUGGCCUGGUAGGUGCAUCCUGGGUGAUAGUAAUAAGUACCAGCCUAAUUUACACCCUCCUCCUAGCUCAGCAGCACUUCUGUGGCCCCAAUCUCAUCCACAGUUUUGCUUGUGAGCUUCCCCCAUUGCUCUUAUUGGCCUGUUCUGACCCCUAUAGUAGUAUUGCCUCCAUCCUGACCACCAUGGUAGUCCUGGGUUUUGGCACCCUUGUUCUACUUCUGGGUUCCUACAGCCGAAUCAUCAUGACAGCCCUAGAGAUCAACUCAGCCAUGGGUCGAAGCAAGAUCUUUUCCACCUGCUCUUCUCAUUUCCUUGUGGUCACCAUCUUUUAUGGUUCAGGAAUAUUCAGGUAUAUGACUCCAGCAUCUGGCUCAACCCUGGAGCAAGUGCUAUCCUUGCAGUACAGUGUGGUGACCCCUCUGCUAAACCCCCUCAUCUACAGCCUGAAGAACAAGGAGGUGAAGGCAGCUCUUAAGAGGACACUGGCCAGGAAGUCCAGGCUGACCUUCUAA